UCCUCGCUAGGAAGAAAGGGAUGGGACGAGGACUCCCGUGGUGACUGGCCCUGGCAACCACCGAGCGCUCGCCGUCGCCGUCGUCCGGCUCACUCGCCGACAGCCUCGCCUUCCUCUUCCUCUCGCCAUGCCCGCAGCGCGCGCUCCUCGGGGCCCUUGACCUUCUCUUCCUCCUCGUCACGUCCGUCCUCGCCCUGCUCACCCGCCGCACCAUGACGGCCGUCGAUGCGGUUGCCCCUGAACAGGAGCCCCUGCUGCCGGCGCCGAAUCCCCCGCUCCGGCCCACCACCGGCCGCUACGCCGUCGGUCUCGGCGCGUCCGUGGUCCUCGCCGCCGCGGCGGCCGUCCUCCUCGCGCUCGCGGUCCUCCUCCUUCCGGUUGGCACGCCCUGGCGCAGCUCGGAGUUCGCCUUCCUGGCCGUCCACUCCGCCGCGCACGCCGCGGCCGCGUGGACCGUGUUCGCCUCGAGGAAACAAACCGACCACCCUCCCUAUCUACGCGUCUUCUGGAUCGCCACCGCCCUCGCCGCCGCGCUCUUCUCCGCCUCCGCGGCAAUCCGCGAUGCCGACCGCUCGCCGCUCUUCCCCGACGACAUCCUCUCCUUCAUCUUCCUUAUCCUCUCACUGCCCCUCGCGUACAUUGCCGUUACCGGAUACUCGGGCGGCCUGAUCGCCUCCACUGCGGCGCGUCAUGAACAAGUCCAACGCUCCAGCGACGCGGCCGCGACGCCCUACGUCACCGCGUCGUUCCUCUCCCGCGCGGCGUUCAGCUGGAUCAACCCGCUGGUCUCCAAGGGCCACGCCGACGGCUCCCUCGCCGCCGACGACGUGCCGGAGGUGUCGCCAUCGCACCGCGCGGAGGCCGCGCACGCUCUGCUCGCGUCCAACUGGCCGGCGGCGGCUUCAGCAUCAUGGAGCCCUGUGGGCGUCGCGCUCUGGCUCUCCUUCUGGCCGAAGCUCCUGCUCACCGCGGCGCUCGGCCUCGUGCAGCUCGCCGCCAUGUACGUCGGGCCCUCGCUCAUCGACCGCUUCGUCGAGUUCAUCCGCCGCGGCGGCACGCCGUGGGAGGGCCUCCAGCUGGUCCUCACGCUGCUCGUCGGCAAGGCGGUGCAGACCCUGGCGUCGCACCACUACAACUUCCAGGGCCAGCUCCUGGGCAUGCGCAUCCGCGGUGCGCUGCUCACGGCGCUGUACGGCAAGUCGCUGCGCCUCUCCGCGGGGGCGCGCCGCGCGCACGGCGCCGGCGCCAUCGUGAACUACAUGACGGUGGACGCCUCGAUGGUGUCCGGCGCCAUGCACAUGCUACAUGGCCUGUGGCUCAUGCCGCUGCAGAUCGCGGUGGCGCUCCUCCUCCUGUACUCCUACCUCGGCCCCUCCGUGCUCAUGACGCUCGCCGUGAUUGCCGCGGUCACCGUGGCCACGGCGUUCGCCAGCAAGCUCAGCCUGGCCUACCAGCUCAAGUUCGUCGGCGUCCGGGACAGCCGCGUCAAGGCCAUCACGGAGAUGCUCAACCACAUGCGCGUCAUCAAGCUGCAGGCGUGGGAGGAGGCCUUCAGCGGCAAGGUGAGGGAGCUCCGGCGCGCGGAGCUGGGGUGGCUGAAGAAGAUCAUACUCUUCGUUUGCGCCAGCAACGUGGUGUUCUCGAGCGGGCCCGUCGCCAUGACGGUGCUCGUGUUCGGGACGUACAUUGCCGCCGGAGGGGAGCUCGACGCCGGCAAGGUGUUCACGGCCACGGCCUUCUUCGGCAUGCUCCAAGGGCCCAUGAGCAACUUCCCGCAGACCAUCGUAAUGUGCGUGCAGGCAUUCGUGUCGCUCGGCAGGCUCGACAAGUACCUGUCGGACGCCGAAGUCGACGGCACCGCGGUGGAGCGCCUUGGCAGUAGCGGCGCCGGGGACGCGGCCGUGAAGGUGCAAGGCGGAGUGUUUGCAUGGGACAUCCAGGGUGAUGGGAAGAAGGAGAAUGAUGGUGGAGGAGAGGAGCCGGUGCUGAAAGGGAUCGACAUGGAGGUGAGGAAGGGUGAGCUCGUGGCGGUGGUCGGGACGGUCGGCUCCGGUAAGUCGUCGCUGCUGUCAUGUAUCAUGGCAGAGAUGCACAAGGUAUCCGGCAAGAUUAGCAUAUGUGGGACAACAGCAUGUGUCACUCAGACAGCUUGGAUCCAGAAUGGAACCAUUCAGGAAAACAUUUUAUUUGGACAGUCAAUGCAUCAAGAGAAGUACAACGAAGUUGUACAUGCAUGUUGCUUAGAAAAAGAUUUAGAAAUGAUGGAGUUCGGUGACCAGACUGAAAUAGGAGAGCGAGGGAUCAAUCUCAGUGGGGGGCAGAAACAACGCAUCCAGCUUGCUAGAGCAGUUUACCAAGAUUGUGAUAUAUAUCUUCUUGAUGACAUAUUUAGUGCAGUUGAUGCUCAUACUGGCUCAUCUAUCUUUAAGGAAUGUCUCAAGGGCAUACUCAAGAAUAAGACUGUUUUGCUCGUUACUCACCAAGUCGAUUUCUUACGAAAUGUGGAUAGUGUAUUCGUAAUGAAAAAUGGGGCGAUCAUUCAGUCAGGGAACUAUGGCGACUUACUAGAUUCAUGUUCAGAUUUUUUAGCUCUUGUUACUGCUCACCACAGUUCCAGGGGAGCAUUAGGUGUGCAGGGCCACCAAGCUCAGAAUACUGAGAAUUCUCCGGCCACCACAGAUUUGCCGAAGACCCCUUCGAUUAACUCCAAAUCAAGUAAUGGAAACAGUGAUACGAUUGCUGCUGCACCGAGCAAAGAAGCGGGUUCGUCUAAGAUAAUCCAGGAAGAGGAAAAGGAGAGUGGACAAGUAAGUUGGAAUGUGUACAAGCUGUACAUCACGCAGGCUUGGGGUUGGUGGGGAGUGCUGCUCAUUUUAGCUAUAUCUCUGCUAUCAGAAGUCUCCAGAAUGGCUAGUAACUACUGGCUAUCAUAUGAAACCUCAGGAGGCGCCAUAUUUGACAUUUCAAUGUUCCUUGGUGUCUACGUUUCAAUAGUUGCUGCUUCGGUUGUACUUGAAUUUAUCAGCAUUCUUGUCAUCGCAUUUUUGGGGCUUAAAUCAGCACAGGCAUUCUUCAGUAAGAUGUUUAACAGCAUUCUACGAUCUCCAAUGUCCUUUUUUGACACCACUCCUUCAGGAAGGAUCCUAAGCCGGGCAUCAGCGGACCAGUCUAAAAUAGACACUGCCCUUUUAUUCUAUAUGGGUGCUGGCAUAUCAAUGUGCAUUUCAGUGGUUAGCAGCAUCGCAGUUACCUGCCAAGUUGCAUGGCCGUCAGUCAUAGCAGUGCUUCCCCUCCUGCUUUUGAACAUUUGGUACCGGAAUCGCUAUAUUGCAACAUCUCGAGAGCUAACUCGUCUUCAGGGAGUAACAAGGGCACCAGUUAUUGAUCACUUCACUGAGACCUUUUCGGGCUCUCCAACUAUAAGGUGUUUUGAGAAAGUCGACGAAUUUUACCAAAUAAACUUGGACAGAAUCAACUCGAAUUUGCGCAUGUCUUUCCAUAACUACGCAGCUAAUGAGUGGUUUGGGUUUCGUUUGGAGCUAAUUGGCACACUUGUUUUGUCUAUCACUGCUUUUCUCAUGAUCAGUUUGCCUAGCAAUUUCAUCAAGAAAGAAUUUGUCGGCAUGUCUCUUUCCUAUGGUCUUUCUCUCAAUUCCUUGGUGUACUAUGCGAUUUCCAUAAGCUGUAUGCUAGAAAAUGAUAUGGUCUCUGUGGAGAGGGUGAAUCAGUACAGUACUCUUCCUUGUGAGGCAGCAUGGGCAGUGGCAGAUUGUCUUCCCUCAACAAAUUGGCUACGACAAGGAGAUAUAGAUAUAAAGGAUCUAGAGGUAAGGUAUCGAUCAAACACACCUCUGAUCUUGAAAGGCAUUACAAUAAGCAUCAGCAGUGGAGAAAAGAUAGGAGUCGUGGGAAGGACCGGCAGUGGCAAGUCAACUUUAAUCCAGGUAUUGUUCAGGCUCGUAGAGCCUGCAAAAGGCCAGAUCAUCAUCGAUGGGGUAGAUAUUUGCACCUUGGGUCUUCAUGAUCUGAGGUCUCGCUUUGGUGUCAUUCCUCAAGAGCCUGCGCUCUUUGAAGGAACCAUAAGAAGCAACAUUGACCCAACUGGUCAGUAUUCUGAGGGCGAGAUAUGGCAGGCCCUUGAACGUUGCCAGCUAAAAGAUACAGUAGUUGCCAAACCUGAGAAGCUUGAUGCAUUAGUUUCUGACAUGGGGGAGAACUGGAGCAUGGGGCAGAGGCAGCUUCUCUGCUUCGGCCGUAUCAUACUGAAGCAGUGCCGUAUCUUAUUCAUGGACGAGGCGACGGCUUCUGUUGACUCCCAGACAGACGCGACCAUCCAGAGGAUCAUCCGGGAGGAGUUCCGCGAGCACACCGUCAUCAGCAUCGCGCAUCGUGUCCCCACCGUCAUGGACAGCGACAGAGUUCUGGUGUUGGAUGCAGGACUGGUGAUAGAGUUUGAUGCGCCAUCAAAGUUGAUGGGAGGACCGUCAGUUUUUGGUGCGAUGGUUCAGGAAUACGCAAGCCACUCAUCUGGCAAGCAGGCAACUGAUGGAUGAUUAUUACAGAUCAAAGUUUAACAAACAAAAUUUAGGAAGCACAAAGCGGUAGGAAAGAUGAAUUCAAGAAAAUGUGUAACAGUAGCUAUUGCGUGUUAAAUUUUCUCUAUCACGGUGGCCCCUCAGAAGUCCGGGCAGAAUUUUUACAGUGUGUUACCAUUUAUGUUGAGAAGGUCAACAACUUAGUUAAGUAGAUAUUACAUCUUAACCUAAAGGGUUCACGUGGGGUUAAGCACCAUGUAGGCUCUGAUGAUAGAUUAUUUGGGGAAAAACAUAUGGGUUCUUUCUUGCA